ACGCAGACACACACUUCCAAAUCGAGCACUCUUUAUCAUUCUCUCUGUAACUCGUUUUGUUUUUUACCCCUUUAGAAACGAAGAAGAGGAAGAAGAGGAACAAGAAGAAGAAGAAGAAAGUAAUGGCCUCGAGUGCUCAUAGAAAUGGCACUUCAAAGGGAGCACCGAAGCCUCUUGUUUCAAAUACAAAAUCAUCGUCUUUUAAAUCCAGACUCCAUCCGUCGCAGUCCUCAGGAGCCGUUCUUCGCCGCAGUUCCUUCGGUCAAAACGCUGCCGCUGCUGCCGGAGAUGAUGGAGUACCUGGAAGAGUUCGAGUGGCAGUAAGAUUGCGUCCCCGAAAUGCGGAAGAAUUGGUAGCGGAUGCUGAUUUUGCUGAUUGUGUGGAAUUGCAGACAGAGCUUAAGAGGUUGAAACUACGAAAAAACAAUUGGGACGCAGACACUUACGAGUUUGACGAGUUGCUUACUGAAUUUGCAUCGCAGAAGCGUGUCUAUGAAGUUGUUGCUAAGCCUGUUGUGGAGAGUGUUCUGGAUGGUUACAAUGGGACUGUGAUGGCAUAUGGUCAGACUGGUACUGGCAAAACUUUUACUGUUGGACACCUGGGAGAUGAUGAUACAUCAGCUCGUGGGAUCAUGGUUCGUGCAAUGGAGGACAUUUUAGCAGAUGUUUCGCUGGAGACUGAUUCUGUCUCAGUCUCAUAUUUGCAGCUUUAUAUGGAGACCAUCCAGGACCUCCUUGAUCCUGCUAAUGACAAUAUUACCAUUGUGGAAGAUCCAAAAACUGGUGAUGUUUCGCUACCUGGGGCAACUCUUGUAGAAAUCAGGGACCAGCAAAGUUUUGUGGAGCUGCUGAGAUUAGGAGAAGCUCAUAGAAUUGCUGCUAAUACAAAAAUGAAUACAGAAUCUUCUCGAAGUCAUGCUAUUCUAAUGGUUCAUGUUAAAAGAUCGGUUGGAGGAGGAGAUGAUGCUUUCUCAAGUGAAACUGAUAGUUCCUCUCACUUGGUCAAACCUAUGAAGCCACUUGUUCGGAAGAGCAAGCUGGUUCUGGUAGAUUUGGCAGGUUCAGAGCGUGUUCACAAGUCAGGAAGUGAGGGGCAUAUGCUAGAAGAAGCUAAGUCUAUCAAUCUCUCACUUAGUGCCUUAGGGAAGUGCAUAAAUGCACUUGCAGAGAAUAGUGCUCAUGUGCCAGUUCGUGAUUCAAAGCUUACUAGGUUGCUCAAAGAUUCAUUUGGAGGCACAGCAAGAACUUCAUUGAUAGUAACAAUUGGCCCAUCACCACGUCACCGAGGAGAGACUACAAGCACUGUAUUGUUUGGACAAAGGGCUAUGAAGGUGGAAAACAUGUUGAAAAUAAAGGAAGAGUUUGAUUACAAAAGUUUAUCUAGAAAGCUUGAAAUACAAGUGGACAAGCUUAUUGCAGAGAAUGAAAGGCAGCAAAAAGCUUUUGAUGAUGAAAUUGAAAGAAUAAAUCAAGAAGCAGAAAAUCGUAUUGCUGAGGUUGAAAGGAGCUUUGCAGAAGCCUUAGAGAAGGAGAGGCUGAAGUGCCAGAUGGAAUAUGUGGAAGCAGUGAAGAAGUUGGAGGAAAAGAUGGUCAGCAAUCAGAAAAAGCAUGAUCGUGAUAGCUUCCCCAAUGGUAAAUGUAAUGGAGAGGUGCCGGGUACUUCUACUUCUGAGGAAGUUACUGAGAUAAAAAGGUUGCUUCAAAAUGAAACUCAGCUAAGAAAGACAGCUGAAGAGGAGGUCAACAAGCUGAAUAGUCGGUUAGAGAAUUUUAUGCAAUCUAUGGCAGGUGGAGAUGCAGAGACUGUAAAAGUUCACAGAAUUCUGGAGGAUGAGGCUCAGAAAAAAAGGAAACUGGAAGAAGAAAUUUCAAUUCUACAAAGUCAGUUAUUGCAAUUGACUCUUGAAGCUGAUCAGACAAGACGAUAUCUUGACAGAUGUGGAUCUGGAAAUGCUUUCGCUGGUUUAGAUUCGUUUGUAUCUCAAAUGAGGCAUUCUCAGGUUAAAGAAUCUGUGAAUGGACAUAAGGCACCUAUGGCCACACUUUUUGAACAUGUUGGAUUGCAAAAGAUUUUGUCAUUGCUUGAGUCGGAAGAUGCCAAUACACGCAUUCAUGCAGUAAAAGUGGUGGCUAACCUGGCAGCCGAAGAAGCAAAUCAGGAAAAGAUUGUUGAAGCCGGUGGUCUUACUUCCUUGCUGAUGCUUCUUAGAAGCUUUGAGGAUGAAACGGUUCGCAGAGUUGCAGCAGGUGCAAUUGCCAAUCUUGCUAUGAAUGAAGCUAAUCAAGAGCUUAUUAUGACUCAAGGAGGGAUCAGUUUAUUAUCUAUGACAGCAGCUGAUGCCGAGGAUGCUCAAACUCUUCGUAUGGUGGCUGGAGCUAUUGCAAAUCUUUGUGGAAAUGAUAAGCUACAAAGGAAGCUGAGGUCUGAAGGUGGGAUAAAGGCUUUGCUAGGAAUGGUGAGAUGUGGACAUCCUGAUGUUCUCUCCCAAGUAGCACGUGGGAUUGCAAACUUUGCAAAGUGCGAGUCACGAUCAUCCAUGCAAGGAAUGAAAGCGGGCAGAUCCCUCCUCAUUGAAGAUGGUGCCCUUCCAUGGAUUGUACAAAAUGCUAAUAAUGAAGCUGCACCAAUCAGACGCCACAUUGAGCUUGCCCUAUGCCACUUGGCACAGCAUGAAGUCAAUGCAAAGGACAUGAUUGGUGGAGGUGCACUGUGGGAGCUAGUUCGUAUCUCACGGGACUGCUCUCGAGAGGACAUAAGAAAUCUAGCUCGCAGAACUUUGAACUCAAGCCCUACCUUCAGAGCUGAAAUGCGGAGGUUACGGAUAGAGUGUUGAUUGUAGUAAUAAUUUCUGACGUCAAUCAUAACAGGGCUCGUGCUAAGGAAUCUUGCUUCCUGAUUCUGUAUAGAUUCAUCAUGAACCGAACUUGAUUCUUCAUGCUGAAUUAGAAGCACGAAAUUUAGUCGUAUGAUCCUGCUGGCAUUUUUUGUGUAGAGAGGCGUAGUCCUGUUUUUGUCACAUGUUAUUUUUGGUUUCUCCGUGGGGCUAGUGUAUCAACAUGUGUUCGUUGAUGACGAGAAAAAAAAAGGCAGAGAGGGAGCUAGGGAAAUUGUAGUUGGAGGGGCUAGUUUAAUUCUUUGUAUGUGUUGGCUUAGGUGAAAAUUAUGCUGAAUUUUUUCAGCUUUCAGGGCAGCUUUGUAUUAUUGAUCCGCGAGGAAAAUGGAGGGUGAAUACAGAAGUCUCAUUUUCCUCCCAAAAUCCCUCCAUUUUCCUCCCCUCUACAAAACGGAGGCUGAGAGAAGUGCCUUCAAAUUUAUUCUUCAAAAUUGAUGUCGCCAA